CUCUGGGGACUAGGGGAGCGAGCUGCGUAGAAGCGGGUGGCGGGGAAGUGAGGGGAGGAGAGCCCUGAGAGGGAAGCGGAGCCGGGGGCCUGGGACCCGUCGCGUCAGAGUCAGGCAAGUGAACCAGAGCAAACGACUUCCGAUCCAGUCCUCGCUACUGCAGCUCCCGUUUGGGAUUUGAUUUGCAGCAUCUACGAGCCUGUACAACAAAAAACCGCGAAGCACGCCCAGCCCUCCCCCGGCACCCCUAUACGCACCCACUCCCUCUUGGGGACACAGCUGGGCGCGUCCACACCCCCGCACCCCCCACACCAUGUUGUUGUGUGGAAGGACUUCCACUCCCCGCCUGUGUCGUUGAUGUCAGACCCCAGGCCAGCCUCCGGGCUCUGCAGUUCUCCCGGCUAAUGCUGAGGCUGCGGCUCGGACUCUAGCACGGGAAUCAGCAGCCGCCGCGCCCGGCCCCAACGCCCACCGUCUGCAUGUGCCCGCCGUAGCCGCCUGCUUAGUCCGCAGCCCGCUCUUCCCGUAGCGCUGGAGACCACCGCGGGGGCCCCUUCCGCCUUCGGCAAAAGCGGUCCUGGAGGUAUUGAUUUCGGUGGUUGGAUUUUUCCCGAGGAUAUAUCAAUUCACAAUUCGAAUUUGGAAGAAAGAAGGAAAACAUGACGUCUCCAGCCAAAUUCAAAAAGGAUAAGGAGAUCAUAGCGGAGUACGAUACUCAGGUCAAAGAGAUUCGUGCUCAGCUCACAGAGCAGAUGAAAUGCCUGGACCAGCAGUGUGAGCUUCGGGUGCAGCUGUUGCAGGACCUCCAGGACUUCUUCCGAAAGAAGGCUGAGAUAGAGAUGGACUAUUCCCGCAACCUGGAGAAGCUGGCUGAGCGCUUCCUGGCUAAAACACGCAGCACCAAGGACCAGCAGUUCAAGAAAGAUCAGAACGUUCUCUCUCCAGUCAACUGCUGGAAUCUCCUCUUAAACCAGGUGAAACGGGAAAGCAGGGACCACACCACCCUGAGUGACAUCUACCUGAAUAAUAUCAUUCCUCGAUUUGUCCAAGUCAGUGAGGAUUCAGGAAGGCUCUUUAAAAAGAGUAAAGAAGUCGGCCAGCAGCUCCAAGAUGAUUUGAUGAAGGUCCUGAACGAGCUCUACUCGGUCAUGAAGACAUAUCACAUGUACAAUGCCGACAGCAUCAGUGCUCAGAGCAAGCUAAAGGAGGCUGAGAAGCAGGAGGAGAAGCAGAUUGGCAAAUCCGUAAAGCAGGAGGACCGUCAGACCCCACGCUCCCCUGACUCCUCGUCCAAUGUUCGCAUUGAGGAAAAACAUGUCCGGAGGAGCUCAGUAAAAAAGAUUGAGAAGAUGAAGGAGAAGCGCCAAGCCAAGUACACAGAGAAUAAGCUGAAGGCCAUAAAAGCCCGGAAUGAGUACUUACUGGCUUUGGAGGCAACCAAUGCAUCUGUCUUCAAGUACUACAUCCACGACCUGUCCGACCUUAUUGAUCAGUGUUGUGACUUAGGCUACCACGCUAGCCUGAACCGGGCUCUGCGCACCUUCCUCUCUGCUGAGUUAAAUCUGGAGCAGUCAAAGCAUGAGGGUCUGGAUGCCAUUGAGAAUGCAGUAGAAAACCUAGAUGCCACCAGUGACAAGCAACGCCUCAUGGAGAUGUACAACAAUGUCUUCUGUCCACCUAUGAAGUUUGAGUUCCAACCCCACAUGGGGGACAUGGCUUCCCAGCUCUGUGCCCAGCAGCCAGUCCAGAGUGAGCUGGUACAGAGAUGCCAACAACUGCAAUCUCGCUUAUCCACCCUGAAGAUUGAGAAUGAAGAGGUGAAGAAAACAAUGGAAGCCACCCUGCAGACCAUCCAGGACAUUGUGACCGUCGAGGAUUUUGACGUGUCUGACUGCUUCCAGUACAGCAACUCCAUGGAGUCUGUCAAAUCCACGGUUUCUGAAACCUUCAUGAGCAAGCCCAGCAUUGCCAAGAGGAGAGCCAACCAGCAGGAGACGGAGCAGUUCUAUUUCACGAAAAUGAAGGAGUACCUGGAGGGCAGGAACCUCAUCACCAAGUUACAAGCCAAGCAUGACCUGCUCCAAAAAACCCUGGGAGAAAGUCAGCGGACAGAUUGCAGUCUGGCCAGACGUAGCUCAACCAUAAGGAAACAGGAUUCCAGCCAGGCAAUUCCUCUGGUGGUAGAAAGCUGUAUCCGUUUUAUCAGCAGACAUGGACUACAGCAUGAAGGAAUUUUCCGGGUGUCUGGAUCCCAGGUGGAAGUGAAUGAUAUAAAAAACGCCUUUGAGAGAGGAGAGGACCCCCUGGCUGGGGACCAGAAUGACCACGAUAUGGACUCCAUAGCUGGCGUCCUGAAGCUUUACUUCCGGGGGCUGGAACAUCCCCUCUUCCCCAAGGACAUCUUCCAUGACCUGAUCGCCUGUGUCACAAUGGACAACCUGCAGGAGAAAGCUCUGCACAUCCGAAAAGUCCUCUUGGUCCUGCCCAAAACCACUCUGAUUAUCAUGAGAUACCUCUUUGCCUUCCUCAAUCAUUUAUCACAGUUCAGUGAAGAGAACAUGAUGGACCCCUACAACCUUGCCAUCUGCUUCGGGCCCUCGCUGAUGUCAGUGCCUGAGGGCCACGACCAGGUGUCCUGUCAAGCCCACGUGAAUGAGCUGAUCAAAACCAUCAUCAUCCAGCAUGAGAACAUCUUCCCGAACCCCAGGGAGCUGGAGGGCCCCGUCUACAGCAGAGGAGGAAGCAUGGAAGAUUACUGUGAUAGCCCUCACGGAGAGACUACCUCAGCUGAAGACUCCACCCAGGAUGUGACCACAGAGCACCAUACGAGUGAUGAUGAGUGUGAGCCCAUCGAGGCCAUUGCCAAGUUUGACUACGUGGGCCGGACAGCCCGAGAGCUGUCCUUCAAGAAGGGGGCAUCCCUGCUGCUCUACCAGCGGGCUUCCGACGACUGGUGGGAAGGUCGGCACAAUGGCAUUGAUGGACUCAUCCCCCACCAGUACAUCGUGGUCCAAGACACCGAGGACGGUGUCGUGGAGAGGUCCAGCCCCAAGUCUGAGAUUGAGGUCAUUUCUGAGCCACCUGAAGAAAAGGUGACAGCCAGAGCGGGGGCCAGCUGUCCCAGUGGGGGUCAUGUAGCCGAUAUUUAUCUUGCAAACAUCAACAACACCUUACAUCUUGAGAACUCAAAACCCACAACCGCCAAGCAAAGGAAGCGGCCAGAAUCUGGGAGCAUUCGGAAAACAUUUCGGAGCGACGGCCAUGGGCUAAGCAGCUCCCUAACUGACUCCUCCUCCCCGGGGGUGGGGGCUGGCUGCCGCCCAUCCUCCCAGCCCAUCAUGAGCCAGAGUCUCCCCAAAGAAGGGCCAGAUAAGUGUUCCAUCAGUGGGCAUGGGAGCCUCAAUUCCAUCAGUCGCCAUUCAUCCCUGAAGAAUCGUCUGGACAGUCCACAGAUCCGGAAGACUGUGACAGCAGGAAGAUCAAAAAGCUUCAAUAACCAUCGGCCAAUGGACCCUGAGGUCAUAGCACAGGAUAUUGAGGCAACUAUGAACUCUGCCCUGAACGAGCUGCGGGAGCUGGAGCGGCAGAGCAGCGUCAAGCACACCCCUGAUGUGGUUCUGGACACCUUGGAGCCCCUCAAAACCUCCCCAGUCGUGGCCCCCACAUCGGAGCCCUCCAGCCCCCUGCACACCCAGCUCCUCAAGGACCCCGAGCCCACCUUCCAGCGCAGCGCCAGUACUGCUGGGGACAUCGCCUGCGCCUUCCGGCCUGUCAAAUCUGUCAAGAUGGCUGCCCCGGUCAAACCGCCAGCCACACGACCCAAGCCCACCGUCUUCCCCAAAACAAAUGCCACUAGCCCUGGUGUCAACUCUUCAGCUUCCCCACAGUCCACUGACAAGUCUUGUACUGUCUGAUGGAUAUAAUUUAAUUGUUUUAGAGAAGGGGACUGUAGGGACUAAAGACUGUUAUUAAAAUCUUCCUAUUUAACUAGCUUGGGGACUUCAGUUGAAAAUUAGAUUCUAAGUUGUUCUCGCAGGAAUUAGCCUUCCCAUCACCCAAAACCUUGAGAAUGAAGCCCUCGUUAUGGCCCUUCCUUUUCCUUCCCACUGCCCUCUGCUUCCCCCAGGUGUCGUAAUCCAGCCAGCUUCAGUACAUGCCGUUCUUAGGUUAGCCAGAGAUAGAUUUUUUCAUUAUCAAGUCACUGUGAAAUCUGGCAAGGCAAGUCAGGAUGUGGAUUCAAGACUCAGUCCCCCCAAACCACAAGGAAGACCUUGUCCAGAUGGCUGGCUACUGACCUCCACCUCUCAGUGGCAUCUCGUUUUGGGUACUAAUUAUAGAGAAUCAUACAUAGUCCAUUCUUCAUUUUACACCACACACACACACACACACACACACACACACAGUUGUAGGUUUUUCUAGUCUCUGGCAUGUGUAGACUCUUCUGGUCCUAGCCCAGUCUCUUUGUAAGUUAUUGUGGCAGUUCACACAGGAGCCACCAGGGGUCUCUGUUUCCGUUUCAAUCCCUGUUCUAUCUGGGCCAGCCAGCCUUUGAAAUCUCUAAUAUGAAAUUUAGCACGGUGGGACUCCAUCCUGUAAACUGUUUGGGGUUGGGGACUUUGUCUUCUUUCUAUUGGUAUGAAAUGGUCAUUGGUGUUUGCUUUUGCUCUCCUCCAUCCUCUAGAACUACAACACAGUCUUAUUAAGGAGCUUCUAAAGUUUUUCUGAAUGUAUAGACAUUUCUUGGGUUCCUAUCUUUGUCUCUGAUGGACCAUUUUCAAUUUAAGACAUUUUCCUUUGUAAGACAAUUUUAUAGCUGGUUCCUUUUAGGGUAAAGAGUCUUAAGAGAGUUUUAUUGUAUUUAUGGCAGGUUUGAAAAAGGUAAGACAUGGAUCCUUCUUCCUCCUACACUUUUGGGCACUUAACACAUAAAUUCAUUAUCCUAUAAAAAAAUAAAUUAAGCUUUGCUAACCCCCAAAUUUUUCCCAAAUGAAAACGUUAUUCUAAGUUCACCCCUUAGUUUGGAUAUUAUACAAGGUCUGUCUUCAGGGGCCAACGGGGGCUUGGAGAGCCCUAGUUAGUCCAGUAGAGACACUGCCCCAUAAAAGUAAUUUUUCAUAUUUUCAAACAAGGGAAACAGAGAGUUUUGACUCUGCAGACUCUAAGGUCUUCCUAAGACCAGAAUCUGAAAAAAAAAAAAAAAAAGUAAAAUUUGGUUGCUGAAUAUUUUGGCCUUUUUUCUGACUCUCCUCCAAAAGGCAAAAAUGAUACUCCUCUCUGCUCCAAUCGUGUCUCCAAACCUGGUGCCCACUAGUCUCUCCUGUGGCUUCACGCUAUACCAGGAGUACCAGGGCUGGAGACAUGUCUCCUUGCGUUAAGCUGAAGCUCAAUCCUCUUCUCAAUGUUUCCUGGUUUUAAAAUGGCACUGUGAGUCUUAUAAUUUCAUAUAGUUCAGGAGAGAUGGUGUGUUGCCAUUGGGAGGAAAAUCUUUUCUUUGGCCUAGAAGAUCCUUUUUGGAUCAACAUUUUGAAGUGGGUAUUUGGAGAUAGGGAAAGUGGUAGGAUUUUCCUUUUUCCAUGUGAAAGAAAAGAAGAGGUUCGUAUGGGAAAUCACUGAUUAAAAGGAUAAUCUGGAACACCAGGGAAACCAUUCCAAGAGCUAGGAGGGAGAAUUAAAUAACUCCUUCAGUAAAAUGUCAGCUUGUGAGAGACACCACACAGUCCUUUGGAUUCUUGGAUUUUGUUUCUCUGUUUAGUGGCCUGUUCUUAUCUGUUACCUGGCCUUAUCCAGGUCCUGAACCAGCAGGGGGCUUUCAUACCCAAGGAGCUGUUUCCUUGGCCAAAAAUAAAACCUUUACGCUGUACAUUACUUUUAAUCCAACUGAUCAAAGUUGGUAUCCAUACCGGACUUUUCCUCUUCUCUCCAGCAUGCUCCCCUUAAAGAAAGUAAAAGCAAACCUUUCUUAAUGGCAAAACUUAGGCCUAUUCUGUUGCUUCCUGCCUUCUUUCUGUUUCACCCUCCACAUGAACUUGUGUUUGCCAUCCCCUUGGUCAGGGCCCAUCUGCUGAUUUGCGUCAUGAAUUGAACAGUGUGUGAGUGGUCACCUACCAAGCCAAGUUUUAGCUCCCAACUCUGGCAGCCGAGUUGUCUUCCCCAUCUCUGGUGCUCUUGACACCUGUGAGCUGGUCCUGUCGAGAGGACUGGGAACCCAUAGGAAGAGAGUCCUUCUCGGCAGAGCUCAUUGCAAUCAACUGGAAUUGAGAUUACACACUGUGAUUUUACACCAUAAAGCCAAAAGGGGCUGGCCACCCAGGGCCUAGGGAGACCAGUCUUCCUCAGAUAUGCUUGCCUAAACCAGCACAAUGCUUCAAAGAGCUCCACUCUCUGCCCCUUGUGGCAUGGAUCCCUUACCUGGGGUGAACUCUGAAGGUCAGUCUUUCGGGGAGAGAGGUGGGAUGGGGCUGCUAGCAACCCACUUUCAAAACUAGAGGAAUUUGCAGCCAGCAGCCUGUAAACUGGAAACACUGGUCUCAGCCAAUCUCCUCAGGGCGCCCUGGUUUCUCCCCAAGGAGAUGAGAAGAGGUGACGCCAGACCAACCGGACGAGCAGACCACUGCAAGGACUGGUGUGUACGUAUUUCACAUUCAGAAGAGAAAUUAUAUCUUCCAGGGAAUUGCAAUGUUGUGGCGUCUGACUUGUAUGUCAAGUUUGUGUAAAAUGGUAUAUUCUUUAAAAUAGUGUGGAUAACUGGAAUAUUGUAUGUAUGCUUGGAGAUGCUUUGUAUGAACCUAAGAUUCACUCAACAGGUGUUGGAUUGGGGAAAAUCCAAAGCACAACUUCAAAAUAAAACACAUUUUUAGGUUUC